AUAUAUAAAAAUUUUAAAUAAAAGACCACAUUUUUUGAUCACUCUUAAGAAUAGUUCAGACACUUCGCUGACGGGGUGUAGGUCGGUUGGCAGUAGCGGCUAGUGACUGCUGCAACUACGAAUAGUCGAGGCGGGAGCGAUGACCAGAUGUGCGGAUGGCGGACAGAAUGGCAUGGAUAAGCGAACGAGAAGUGGUGUUGAAACGGAUAGUACACAUUCGGUCUUGCCUAGUAUGUCCAGAUUAUCCGAGCCUCCUCAUUCCUUUCCUUUAUUCUCCUCGGCGUGUAAAGGAGCGUCGCCCAGCUGCCGUCGUCGCACCGACGACGUAACUUAUUUCCGAAAAUCGUCAACAACCACUCACCCCUGGGGUGCCAAACCAAGGACAAUCGUCGAGAUCUCGAAGGUAGAUGGUGUCACAAUAGAAAUAUUUCUCUACGGACGACAACUGAGACGUCACAGCCUUCAACUAACAAUUUUAACGCUUCAUAUAAAUGUGAAUGGAAAUUUGGAAGUUAUUGGAAAUAAGUACUAAUUCAUUAUAUUUCAGAUUGCAAUAGAUUUCAGUGGCAUUUGUGUGCAACUCGUGGAAAGAGGUAAAAACAAAAACUAUAAAUCACAGAAUUUUCAGGUAGUAAAGAAGUAUACUUGACAGAAAUACAAUGUUGAAUGUGUAAAUCACCAAUCUAUAUAAACUUAAAUUAUUAUCCCCCAUAUACAUGCAUGCUUAUAGUUUAAAUAAUAAAUAUUCUGAAGUAAAUAAGCUCACUAAAUAAUAUUAGGUUAAAAAAACGCCCAAUUAUACCGAGGCGCGUUAUCAAUAAAGCUUUAUAAUUAAAAAUAAUAAAAAGAAAAGAA